AUGCAGAUUCGCGUCUCCAUCGCCGUGCUGGCGGUAAUCUUUGCGCUCCACUGCGCGCUCGCCACCAGGACCAUGGUGGCCCCGGCCUCCACCAUGUGUGCCUUCAGCGGCGACUGCACCAGGGGCGACUGGACCCGCCUGCAGAAGUCGGCCGCCGACAUCCACCCCAUCAUCAUCGCCGUCAAGCUGAGGAACGGCGCCGAGGCCAGCUGCGACGCCCUGCUCAUGGAGAUCUCGACGCCCGGCUCGCCCAAGGCCGGCCUCAGGUACACCCACGAGCAGGUGGGCCAGCUCCUGUCCAACUUCGACAACACCCGCACCGUCGAGCAGUGGCUGCGCGCCCACGAUCUCGCGUACGAGACGGCGUCCAAUGGCGAUUUCAUCCGCGUGUCGGCUCCCGUGGCCCGUCUCGAGCGUCUCCUCGGUGCCCAGUUCCACGAUUUCUCGUCCAGGACGCUCGGUCUCACCGUCCGCCGCACCGCUUCCAUCUCCAUCCCCGAGAAUGUGGCGGCUGCGAUCGACUUCAUCGGCAACACCAUCCGUUUCCCCGACCUCAAGGGCCGCUUCACCAUGAUGACCCCUGCCGGCACCCACGCUGAGCGCCAGCAGAGCGACACUGUCUCGCCCCAGACCAUCUGGAAGUUCUACGGAGUGACCAACACCACCGUCGACAGCACCAUCACCCAGUCGCUCUUCGAGUCGCUCGACCAGAGCUUCUCGCCCAGCGAUCUGACCACCUUCCAGAAGGAGUUCGGCCUCAAGCAGACCGCCUGCAAGACCAACCCGGACAACUGCGGCGAGGCCAACCUCGACGUGCAGUACAUGAUGGCCGUCGCCCAGGGCGCCGCCACCACCUACUGGUCGAUCCCCACGUCGGCCCAGGACAUCUUCCUCGACUGGAUCGUGGCCCUCGCCGGCACCCCCAACCCGCCCUCCGUCCACUCGAUCUCCUACGGCUCGAUCGCCACCGAGAACCCGCAGAACGACAUGACCCGCUUCAACACCGAGGCCUGCAAGCUCGGCCUCAAGGGCGUGUCGAUCAUGGUCUCGUCCGGCGACGACGGCGUGGCCAACUUCGAGGCCCGCGGCAACGCGACGGCCUGCGGCUUCAACCCGUCGUUCCCCGCCACGUGCCCCUACGUGACCGCCGUCGGCGCCACCAUGGGUCCCGAGGCCGGUCAGCCCGAGGUGGCCUGCACGUCCAACAACGGCGGCCUCAUCACCACCGGCGGCGGCUUCUCGAUCUUCUUCAAGCGCCCGGCCUACCAGGACGCCGCGGUGAAGCAGUACCUCGCCAACGCGCCCAACCUGCCCCCGACCUCCAUGUUCAACGCCAACGGCCGCGGCUACCCCGACGUCGCCGUCUUGGGUCACAACUACCAGGUCGUCAUCGGCGGCAACACCUACUCUGUCUCUGGCACGUCGGCCUCGUCGCCCGUGUUCGCCGCCUUCAUCACCCUCAUCAACGGCCAGCGCGCCACCAUGGGCAAGGGUCCCGUCGGCUUCAUCAACCCCACCCUCUACCACCUCUACGACCAGAAGUCGCCCGUCUUCAACGACGUCACUGUGGGCGAGAACAACUGCUGCGCCGGCAACACCCCGGACGAGAUCACCUGCUGCCCGUACGGCUUCAACGCCACCGCCGGCUGGGAUCCCCUCACCGGCCUCGGCUCGGUCAAGUUCCCCCAGCUCCUCCAGGCGCUCUCCACGAUGAUCUAG